AACACAGUUAUCCACGAUGGCUUCAAGGUGUCUAGCCGACCUACUUCUGCCAAGCGCGCGACCAGGAGCGGCCCAUCUGUCGGCGCUCCUUCCACAUCUUUUCAUAUGCCGACAGGCACAUACUAAUGCAAACCUACAAAAGCCAGCCCGUUUCUACAAAUCCGCAAAUGUCGUGCCGACGGCAGAUAAUACCGGGUACCAACUGAUGCUCGACUCUAAACCCGUCCGGACGCCUGGGAAGAAGCUGGCGGUGAUGCCCACGUACCCCUUGGCUCUGGCCGUAGCGGCCGAGUGGGAAUGGCAGAAGACCAGCAAGCCCCAGCUGCACACCAUGCCCAUGAUGAGCUUGGUGGCGCACGCGAUGGACCAGCCGCGGCCCCGGGAAAAGGUUAUUGCGCACAUCAUGAACUACGUACACACGGAUUCGGCGUGCUGCCUGUACGAGGAGGGGGCGCUGGCCAGGAGGCAAAAGCGGGUGUUCCUGCCCAUCCUGGAGGCCCUGCGCUGCGACCUGGGCUGGCGCUUCGUGCUGUCGGACAGCAUCGCGGGCAGCCACCAGACAGAUGAGCUGGUGGCGGGGGUGCAGACAUGGCUGGAAGGCCUAGAUCACUGGCACCUAGCUGCCGUCGAGCAGCUGACGUCCACCUGCAAGUCGCUGGUGCUGGCGGCGGCGCUCAUUCGCGGCCACGUGGGCCCUGCGGAGGCGCUGGCGGCGGCGAGGCUGGAGGAGGACUUCCAGGCGGAGGAGUGGGGACGCGUGGAGGCGGGGCACGACCUUGAUGAGGCAGACCUGCGCUCGCGCGUGUUCGCGCCGUCGCUGUUUGUGCGGCUGUUGCAAGUGCGGUGAUGGGUAGCGGGCGUGCGCGUGUGAUUGCGUUGGUGGAGGUGUGUUUGGAAACACGGUGGUGGUGGUGGUGAGGGGGGAUGGAGGAGGAUUCGGAAGGUAGGGGUGAGGAUUACGGACGGGUAGUUGAAGGGAGGAUGGAAGGAUGAGGGACUGAGGCCGUGGUUCCUGCUCAGUGCUUGUGACCUUAGAUGCACGGGUUGGUACCGGCUAGGGUACGUACCGGUCGGAGGAUCCCCGAGAAUAUUGCUCACUGACUUUCAGCGGCCUCUCGUAAUUUGGUAUGCGUCUUGAACAGAGUUAAGAUUUCAGAAAGCCUCAAACCUGCUGGACGGCUACAUGCCACAAUUUUCAAAGCAUGCGCGCAAUCUAUGUGCGACAUCUACACUUUGAAGGUAAAAGCCCUUGGAAGUCCCAC